AUGACCUUACAGGAGGAGCUGCAGGAGGCCAUUAAACAGAAUGUCUCUUUACAAUUAGAAGUCCUACAAGAAUAUUUAGGUAUACUGGAAUGGCCACUAUUCAAGGAAGAGGAGUCCAAGGAGACAACAAACAAGCCAAAAGAAGAUGGAAAUGAGCUGCAUGAUUUAGAGGAGAAUGCACCUGUGAUGGAGAUGAUCCCAGUGCAGGAAGAGGAGUACAUAGAGGAGUUGAUGGUAAACCUGUAUUUCCUUAUCACACCUGGCCUGAUGGAAGAAGAACCAGCAGGCUUCUGGGGGGAUGGAGGGGAAGGAAUGACAGAGAAUGCAGAAUAUGUGGUGGUGGAUGAGUGGGAUGCAGAACUGGAUUUCGAGGAGAAAGAGAAGAACAGCAAGAGAACUGUCAUCUCCCUAGCCAAUACUUCUGGUAAAAUCCUCGCUGCAACCAUGGCAACUUGGGUGAAGCAGCCCCAGGGGCGUAGUUUAUCCUCUCUCUUUUCUUGCUGCCUCAAAAGAAGUGACCAACCAGAGAUCAGCUAUGUCCAUGAUAAUGUCACCACUGCACUGGAGCCCACCCUACCUAUGCCCCCUCUUCAGGAGCUAGACUCUGUGUUCACAGAGCUAGUAGACGAGCUGGACCUUACAGAGGAGAACCGAGCGUCCAUGUUUGCUUUACCAGCAGAGAAAAAAUGGCAGAUCUACUGUAGUAAGAAAAUGGAGGCAGAGGAGAAUAAAGGAGCAAGCAGCUGGCCAGAGUUUUAUAUUGAUCAGCUCAGGUCAAUGGCUGCUAGGAGAACUCUGCUGGCACUGGAGGAUGAGGGAGAGCAGGAGAGACUGAAAAUCGUAGAUGGUUUAAAAACAGCAUUGAGGACACAGCCAAUGAGGUUUGUGACACGAUUCAUUGAGUGGGAUGGCCUGUCUUGUAUCCUAAACUUCCUGAUGUCAAUGGACCAUGAGACCACAGAGUCUCAGAUCCACACCUCACUGAUUGGCUGUAUAAAAGCUCUGAUGAACAACUCCCAGGGCAGAGCCCAUGUCCUUGGCCACUGUGAAAGCAUUAAUAUCAUUGCACAAAGUCUCUCCUCUGAAAACAUCAAAACCAAGGUUGCGGUGUUAGAGAUCCUUGGUGCAGUAUGUUUGGUCCCUGGGGGCCAUAAGAAAGUACUAGAAGCUAUGAUGCACUAUCAGAAAUUUGCCUCAGAGAGAACACGCUUUCAGACCCUGCUGACAGACUUGAGUAGAUUCACAGGCCGCUACAGAGAUGAAGUUAAUCUGAAGACCACCAUCAUGUCCUUUAUCAAUGCUGUGCUCAGCCAGGGUGCAGGAGAGACCAGCCUGGAGUUCCGUAUCCAUCUGCGCUAUGAGUUUCUGAUGUUGGGCAUACAGCCAGUGAUCGACAAAUUACGUUCCCAUGACAAUGAUACCCUGAACAGACAUCUGGACUUCUUUGAGAUGUUGAGGAAUGAAGAUGAGCUGCUGAUGUCCAAACGCUUUGGUGUUGUCCAUAUAGAAACUAAAAGUGCCAGCCAGAUGUUUGAGCUGAUCAAGAAGACUCUGAUCCACACUGAGGCUUACCCACACCUCCUGUCUGCACUGCAGCAUUGUCUCAUGAUGCCAUUUAAGCAGAAUCGCACCACACUUCAGUACUGGGUAUUGUUGGACCGGAUAGUUCAGCAGCUGGUUCUGCAGACAGACAAAGGUGAAAACCCAGAUGUUGCUCCACUGGAGAACUUCAACGUCAAAAAUCUUUUACACAUGCUGGUCAAUGAGGGCGAGGUCAAACAAUGGAAAGAACAAGCUGAUAAAAUGAGAAAAGAACAUCAGAACUUACAGCAGCGUUUUGAGAAGAAAGAGAGGGAGUGUGAGGCCAAGAAUAAGGAGAAAGAAGAUAUAAUGGAAAUGCUGAACAAGAUGAAGGACAAGUUGGAGCGAGAGAGCAAUGACCACAAACAAGCCAAACUACAAUUAGCAGCACUGUCUGCCCAGCUGCAACAGCUAAGCUCCAGCUCAACUGUUCCAGGAGGGCCUCCUGUGACCUCUGGUGGUCCUGUCCCAUCCAUUCCUUGUCCUACUUCUCCACUGCCACCACCUCCUCCUCCUCCUCCUCCUGGAGGUCCACCAGCUUUCAGCAUGGUUCCAUUUGCUCCACCUCCUCCUCCAGGAGCUCCACUAGAAGCUGCCAAGAAGAAGAAUAUUCCUCAGCCAUCCAACCCACUGAAGUCAUUCAACUGGAGCAAACUACCUGAGAACAAGACAGAAGGAACCAUAUGGAAAGAGAUUGAUGAUCUUAAGGUGUUCAAAGUUCUGGAUCUAGAAGAGUUCCAGCGGACCUUUUCGGCUUACCAGAGGCCACAAAAAGAUGUUGAGGAUGACCAACCUCUUGUUAAGAAAGUCAAAGAGCUGUCAGUAAUCGAUGGUCGUCGAGCGCAAAACUGUAACAUUCUGCUCUCACGGCUGAAGCUGACCAACGAAGAGAUCCGCAAAGCCAUCCUGACCAUGGAUGAACAAGAAGACUUACCUAAAGACAUGCUGGAGCAGCUUCUGAAGUUUGUUCCUGAGAAGAAUGACAUUGAGCUGCUGGAAGAACACAAGCAUGAGCUGGACCGUAUGGCCAAAGCAGACCGCUUCCUGUAUGAAAUGAGCAGAAUCAACCACUAUCAACAGAGACUUCAGGCUCUCUAUUUCAAGAAGAAGUUUGCUGAAAAGGUCACUGAGGUGAAACCUAAAAUCAAAGCUCUGUGUCUGGCAUCCAGAGAAGUGGUGCAGAGCAUGUCACUACGUCAGCUCCUAGAGGUUGUUUUGGCUUUUGGGAACUACAUGAACAAAGGACAACGAGGAAAUGCCUAUGGAUUUAAAGUAUCCAGCCUCAGCAAGAUGGCUGACACCAAGUCAAGUAUUGACAAAAACAUCACUCUGCUCCAUUACAUGAUCACUGUCCUGGAAAAGAAGUACCCUAAGGUAGAAGCGUUCAGUGAAGAGCUACAGAAUGUGCCAGAAGCAGCUAAAGUCAAUAUGACAGAUUUGGAGAAGGACAUUGGCAGUUUGAGAUCUGGCCUACAGAGCACAGAGGUGGAGCUGCAGUACCAGCAGUCACAGUCCACUCAGGGUCCUGUUGACAAGUUUGUCCCUGUGAUUACUCAGUUUAUCACUAUGGCCUCUUUUAGCUUCUCUGAGGUAGAGGAGUCUCUCGCUGAGGCCAAAGAACUGUUUGGAAAGGCACUGAGACACUUUGGAGAAGACUCAUCCAAACUGCAGCCAGAUGAGUUCUUUGGGAUCUUUGACACUUUCCUCGUGGCCUUCUCAGAGGCUAAACGGGACAACGAGAAUAUGGCCAGACGCAAGGAGGAGGAGGAGAGACGGGCAGCCAAGGAGGCACAGGUUAGCAGGUUAUCAGAUGAGAGAGAUCUAAAGAGAGAGAGGGAGGCAAAAAAAUCCAAACCAAAUGAAGAAGAAGGUGGAGAGUUUGAUGACUUGGUGUCUGCUCUGCGCUCUGGAGAGGUGUUUGAUCGAGAUCUAUCCAAAAUGAACCGCAAAAAACAGCGGAGACACAACUUGUUUGACAACAGCCGGGAGAGACCAGUAACAAAGCUAAAGCAGUAACAGGGCACUGUUGACAGCAGCACCUCCUUGAAACAUAUCAUGUCUCGGUAACACUGUUCAUGGUGUUAUUGUUUUUACUUAAAUCCAUACAGAUACAAAUAGUAGGCCAUAUGUUUAUACAGUGUAUAUAAAACAACUAGACAGUGGCAAAGCCAGACAAUUUUCAUAGGGGUGGCCAGGCUGGGGCCAGUACUCAUUUUAGGGUGGCACAUUAAUUUUGCAACAAAACGUCUUUCUAAUUAUACAGCCAUGAA